CGCCUGUAUCCGCGAUGUUACAUCACGAUAAAUCAACUUUUUCUGUUUGAUGUUGUACAUAGGUACUAUAUUGGAGUAAGUUUAUAUUGUUUAUAAUUCAGUGACAUAAAAUUAAAGUGAUAAGCAGUAAUAUAAUAUUUUAAACAUCAAAAUAAUGAAUACUAUUGUUCAUUAUUAAUUAAUUCAUUAAUAAAGAAUACUAUUGUUCAUUAUUAAAUAAAAUUAAAAUAAUUAGAUCGAUUUAAUAAAUAAAUAAACAAUAAAAUUUCAUUUUAUAGCAGCACAAUUCCUUUUCUACGUUAUUAUAUUCGAAUCUAUCCAAACAUGUACUCAUAAGAUUUUUGAUUUCAUAAUAAAAAAUAAAUUAUAUUAAAAUAAAAAAAAUAGAUUUUAUAUUUAUACCAUAGAAAUAAUUCGAGGUUUUCCGUAUUUAACUACACCUAUCGAGGAUUUCCCAUAUUAAAGCAGAAUUUUAUUAUUAGAGUUGAAUUUAAUAUUUUUUCAUAACUGGUAGAGUAUGCCUAAGACAUUAAGUCCGCCAAUGUACUAACCACACAACUUAACCACAAAUCAAAUCAAAUUCUUUAUUGGCCUUGUAACAGAUAAUGUUUCACUAGGUAAGUCAUAUAAAAAAAUACUAUUUAGUUACUUGUCUUGUAUCGCCGACCCGGACUACUUGCUUGUAAUUUUCCCUAAAUUAAGGUAAAAAUUGAUAAGUUGGUAGCACUAGAAUGGAACGUAAUGUUCAAUCGGCUUAAUUUCUCGGGAAUCCCCGACUUUCCGACCAUACAGAAACAAUGUGUUUUUCUUGCAAGCAGUGCUCUUGCGCACCCACCCCAUUACAGGGAAUGCCACGAAGAUCACCAUGGGUAAAGACGGGUCUGGGUCAGGGAUUUUAAUUUAACUUUUUAAUUUUUGACGAAGCAGAAUACCAUCAUCUUAUUGCUUGACAUAAAUGGAUGCUCUUAAAAAAAAAAAAUCGAUUGUUUCAAAACAAAUAAACACGGUAAUCAGACGUUUAACGCUACGUUACUAUGCUCUAGUUCCAACUACAGACAUUAGUUUCAUUUAAAAAGUAGAUAUACUAUAAACAGUGUAUAAAUUGUUUCAUUUUUGACGGUUCAGAUAAUUAGGUAAGUACAAAUUCAUUUUUACAUCUUUACUACACACUCCUUAAUACUUAAACUAUACAAGAUGUUAAAAUAACAGGUUAAUUUUUGAAAUUGGCUCCAGGCUCUCCGCCCUGGUAACACCCUAACAGGGUGUCACAUAAUGGUUAUAAGUAUAUAACUUCCUGUAAUUGUUGUAACUUUGUGACGUGAAAUGUAAAAAAAUAAAAUAAAACUAUAUUGUACGCUCUCUGCUAUCUAUCUACUAAUCUUUAUAACAUUUGUUUGUAUGUUUAUACGUUUGGGCAGCAUAACCUCUGAAAUGUAAAUAGCCUUGUAACAAAGUUUUAUUGUAAUCAAUUUAUUUUUAGAAAUGUUUCGACUGACAUAGAUUUAAUUUGUUGCAUAUUUUAUUGAUUACUACUAGUAGGUACAAAUUGUCUGAAAACGGUGAUCUCAUAAAAAAAAAACCAUCUGGGUCAGAAUAUAGGAAACGGAAAACAGAAAAAUAAAAGGAAUUUCAAAAAACAAAGAAGUUUAUGAAUAUAGAUAUAUAAAUAUAUCACAACAAAAAAUCAAGACUUCAAUGUACAACAAAUACAUGUACUAGAUGAUGUUAAAAUAUAACGGUUCCAGUCCAGCUACUUGGUCACUUAUUCGAAAUAGCAAAUUAAUUUAUUAUAUAAUAACUAGUGGCCCACUGCAAACUCACUGUGAUGAUUAUCCGAAAAAUGAUACAGGACAUUUCUCUAAUUCUCAUUUCAUAAAAAAACUAGCAAACAAUGAAACAAUUCAGCGUCGUUGGUUAGUAUAUGUACUCCAUUUCCAAGGAUCGAGUUUAUUGUUUUUGUUACCGGCUGUUUGAUAGUAGCUCAACGUCGAGUUUAGUAUCUAAAGGAUAUAACGUCUGGAAAUACUUGUCUGAAAUGUGAAAUACUCAUGAGAGUAGCACUUUACAUAACAAGUUUUACCUGUCAUGUAUUGAAACUGAACUACGUUUAAAAAUAGGCAAAAACAAUAGAUUGUCAAGAGCAAUAUUUGAUUAAAAAAGAAACUACAAGAUGGAAUAAUGUUUUGUCUAGAUUGAUGUAUAUUACACUUUGUUUAGCUGAAAAUGAUAUGGCGUUCAGAGGUACUUUUGACAAAUUAUAUACGCCAAAUAAUGGAAAGUUUUUGGACUUACUAACCAAAUUUGGCCCAGUUAUGCAGGAGCACUUGCAAUUAGCUAUGAAAGGCGGUAUUGCAGACCACUACUGCGGAAAAGACAUUCAAAAUGAAUUAAUUGCUGAUGGGUGAAAAAGUGAAGUCAGAAAUCAUAUCACGCGCAAAGAAAUCAAAAUAUUAUUCUAUUAUAGCUGACUGUACACCGGACAUUAGUCACGUAGAACAACUUUCAUUGAUGAUUCGAUUUGUUGAUUUAUCAUCAAAUGACAAUAAAAUAUCAGUAAAAGAGUAUUUCGUAGAAUUUUUACCUGUAAAUGAGUCGACUGAUUAAAAACUAACUUAAGUUUAUUUAAGUUUAUUAUUGAUGUUUUAAAUAAAUGCGGACUUAAAUUGAACGUAGGGGUCAGGGUUAUGACAACGGGGCGAAUAUGAAAGGUAAAAAUGUUGAUGUUCAAAAGAGAAUUCUAGACACAAAUCCCUUCGCUGUUUAUGUACCUUGUGGCUGUCAUAGCUACAAUCUCGUACUAUGCGAUGCCGCUAAGUCUUCCGUAAGAUCAGUCACUUUGUUUGGGGUACUUCAAAGGUUGUUUACAUUGUUUUCAGCUUCUGUUCAUCGAUGGAAAAUUCUAACCGAUAGCCUGGGAUUAUAUGCUAUAAAAAAGCUCAGUGACACAUGUUGGGAAGCGAGAAUAAGCAGUGUCAAAGCAGUUCGUUAUCAAAUUAGUGCCAUCUAUGACGCUUCAAUUACUUUGGCAAUUGAAACACAGAAAACUGAUGUUCAAGUCUCUCAUGCAUGAGGCUAGCUGAACAGUUAAAAGAUUUCAGUGUUAUAGGUUGUUUGGUAUGACAUACUUUUUCAAAUUAACGUCGUUAGUAAAUCACUACAACCGUCAUAUAUAGAUCUCAGUAAAUGCACAGAAAUAUUGAAAAAAUGCUGUACUUUCUUGGAAGAAUAUAGAAAUACACUCUUUAAAAGCGCCAGGCAAGGAAUUGUCUGAAGAACUGGGAGUUGAACUCGAUUUAAGCAUCAAGCUGACGAUACUGCCGCAGGCGAGCCUAUUGUUUCUUCUGAAAAAAAAUGGAGGUAGAAUUGUUUAACUCUCUCUUGGACACUACAUUAAUUUUAGUUAAUGAAACCUUUGAACAGGUUAAUAAGUACUCGGAUUGCUGUCUUUUUUGUAAAGGUCGCAACUUACAGAAACUGUAUCUAAAUGUAUGGAUAGAUUUGCGAAUAUUACUGACUAUACCUGUAACGGUUGCCAGUGGGGAAAGGAAUAUCCAAGCUGAAGCUGAUUAAAACAUACCUGCGAUCAACAAUCUCUCAAUAUAGAUUAACAAACUUAGCAACUUUGUCAAUCGAAAAUUAUAUUGCAGAAAACAUAGACUUUGAAUGUCUAAUAAAAGAUUUCGCCGGUAGAAAAGCUUUGUACCCAUUGCCUUUUUUCGUAUGUAAUUGAAUUGCAGUUAGAUCAGUUAGUAGUGGUAAAACCGGCACUGAUUAAAUAGUAUAUCUAAAAUUGCUAAAAAAGUCUCUGUAAGGGAUAGUAUGCCUAUACAAGUAGACGACCUCCGUAGCCGAGUGGUUCGCACGCCGGUUUCAAGGUGUCGCCAUCUCUGAGGUCCCGGGUUCGAUUCCCGGUCGGGUCAAUUUAUAAAAUGAACUUUUCUAUAUUGACUCGGGUCUGGGUGUUGUGGUACCUUCGUUGUCUCAGAUACUCCAUAAUACGGGGGCUUUAGCUACUCAUCUUGGAAUCUGAGCAAUGUAUGUGAUGUUGUUAAAUAUUUAUUUAUUUAUUUAAGUAAUAUUAAUACAACUGAUUAGUAAAUGAUAUACUAGACUACUUGUCUCAGAAUUAUAUAAGUAUUUUUCUUCCCACAAACUCUCACCCUUCUUUAAACAUCCCGACGAGACCCUAGCUGAAUAUGGCAACCAUAAUCAAGAAGCACAGAAUACACACAAGCACACAGAAAUCAAGAAGCACAGAGCUAAAAUCAGUUCAAUGAACACAUCCUCAAAGAUA